GGGGGAUCUCAAACCGUGAUGGGUGCUUCUGAAUCAGUUCCUCAGAAAUCAAUCCAUGAAUUCACUGUCAAGAAUAGCAAAGGCCAGGACGUGGACCUUAGCAUGUACAAAGGAAAGGUUCUCCUUGUGGUUAAUGUUGCUUCUAAAUGUGGGUUUACGGAUUCAAAUUACACCCAGUUGACUGAGCUUUACAACAAAUACAAGGACAAAGGGUUGGAGAUCUUGGCAUUUCCUUGCAAUCAGUUGAAGCAAGAACCAGGUACCAGCCAAGAGGCAGAAGAGUUUGCUUGCACAAGAUACAAGGCUGAAUAUCCUAUUUUCAAAAAGGUUCGUUGCAACGGGCCGAAUACAGAACCUGUCUUCAAGUUCUUAAAAGCAAAGAAAUCUGGUUUCUUGGGAUCUAGGAUAAAGUGGAACUUCACUAAGUUUUUAGUUGAUAAGGAUGGUAACGUCCUCUCUCGCUAUAGCCCAACCACCACACCACUGGCCAUAGAGGGUGACAUCAAGAAAGCAUUGGGAGUGGAUACAUGAAAAUAUAGGAGGUGGAGGGAAAAUGGAAACUAGAAACAAUGUAAAUAGGAUGAAAGCGGUAGGCGUGGCCCAUAAUAAUGUGUACCACUGUGAGACCUCAUGUGUAAUGAUAAUCGCUGCUCGAGUUUGUAAAAAGUAGUAGUUUUACAACUGUGAUAGUUUCUUUGCUGCAUUUAAGCCUAUUAAUUUCCUCUUUGGAAUUUCAUUGUUGUUACUUAAAACUGUUUCAGAAUUCAGACCAUUGUUACUUAGGUUUUAUGCUUGUAUGUGUUAAUUAUUUUAAUUAUUUUGUUUUGUUUUAAAA